CACCUCCAAACCACGCAGCAAGCCUUUACACCUCACUUAAGAAUAAAGUUCAGCAGCCCAGUUAUGUUUGCUGCCAGCAGCCCAGGGUGCCAGAGUCACCUGUACAAUUCCAUACGUUCAUAUCUCCACAAUCAGAACAGAGCACAGCCCAUUAUUGGUCUGAACUCCAUCACAGAGGUUUUGGCGUAUAACCAGCCUGCAUUGUACUUUUGUGAUGUCUGCGUUUUGAGAAUAACCAAGGCUGAUAUCAGGAACCACAUCAUGGGCAGCAUCCACAGAUACAAUUACAUUAAAUCUCAUCAUGCACAUGGGUGGACGUCUGAUACAGACCUGACUCUUUUGGCUCGCCCUUUAAUGGAUAUUGCAAAAAAGGUUGAAAAGAAGGAGGGAACAGGUGAUAUACAGGUUCUGAGUGUGGAUGAAGUCAUCUUCAAGGAGAUGGAAUCAUUGCCUGUCCCUAAUGCCUUUGCUCAGAUGAAGAAGAUCAAGGAUCAGCGAAACUCUAACGCACCUAAUUUGCUUGUUCACAACAGCCCGUCUGAAGGUAAAGAAACCAGUGCUCAAGAGCAGCAAGACUCUGACAAUAUGAAUGGGACUGCACAACGUUCAACUUUAGGAUGUCUGGUCCCAACACAGUGUGUAUCUACGACACCAUUGAGGUCAAAGUGUUCAAGUUUGAUUGAACCCCAACAAGUCUCAACCAAUCCAACACCAAAUCCAUCUCUCUAUAGAACCGCAGGUCCUGUCAAACCAUUAUUCACAUGCCAGGAUAUAUCUACACCUCAGAGUCUAGUGGAUUCUCAUGUUUCAUCUAGAAUACCUUUUCUAGAAAGCUCCCCAGCUCCAGUCAUCAGCCAACACAUAAAUCAGUAUCAACCAAUCCCAGGCAGAAGCCUUCAAAGCUUCAUAAUGCCAUCUGAAAACCAGUGUUAUACUGAAUCAAGGACAAUCUCUGUUGUAAGACCACCAAGACAGUAUAUCCCCAUCAGAGUUCACUGCCAGAAUGAUAUUGUGCAUGCUGAUGAAGAUGAUGGGAACAGUUCUGUCCAGUCAUUUGGAGUUAGCUAUGAAUCAUAUCCAAUGCACCUGGCCCAAACCAUUCCGUAUAAUAUCCAGAGGCAAACUCCAUCUCUUUCAGUGAGCCACAUCAUGGUACCAGAGUUAACCCAGGAUCUAUCAAACAGGCAUGGAUUUUUCAGGAUGGAAAGCUCACCUGUUAGUCCAGAGCCUGUCAGAGACGUGGAGAUCGUUAUCAAGCAGAUAAGAACCCAAAUGAUAACAGAAGCACUGGAACCGGCUACAACGCAUGAUUUAAGUCUGUCUGAGUCUAAUUUAGAAGAACCAGUCAACACCAGCUGGGACGUACAUGAGGAGCCUCAAUCAGACACCUUGGCAGAAGAAAACACCUUUGUGUUCUCACAAAGUCCAAUUGCCCAGUCUCCUCUUUCUCAGACUCAAAGUCCAUCUGAUCAGUUUCAAUCAAUAGAAGAUUUUCUGGAAAACUACAAUGGUCGAAAGCCUCUUAUCGGUCUACAAGCUGUUAUUAAGUGCCAGAGCGUGGAUGGGAAUCCACCUCCAUGCUGUUACCUGUGUCAGCUGUGCUCUUUGAAGCUGAAGAAGAAAAAAAUAUUCAGCCAUCUGACUGGCUGUGAUCACCAGCGAAACUACUUGAAAGCUCUCCAUCCACAGCUCUUGCCUAAAAAACGUAAACACUGCAACACAAAUGAGAUGCUUGAGGAUAUUGCUAUCCAGCUGGAGAAAGAGGAUGGAAGAGGACAUAUAAAGGUGAUGAGGUUGUCUGCAUGUCUCAUUAGUGAGGUACUGGAAAAGGAUUAUCAUUGGUGCAUGAGGGUGUUGAACUGUGGAGCCGAUGUGGGGUGGAGAUCAGGUCUGUUGUCUUUCAAGAAAGGAACUAGCAACACCACAGGUCCCAGACAGACUCUUAAACGUCUAGCACAGGCUAUGCUGCCCCCUUCUGAUGCACAGACUUUAAUAGCUCCAACUCAUCAGAUGUCCAAAAAAAUGAAGAAGGGUCAUCCUAAGAAAGUAGUAUGUACAAACAAAGUUAAGGAGCCUGUGUUUAAGGUAAGCCUGUCACUGCAGGAGGGACCUGUUAUCAUUGAGAGAACAUCUCUAAGAGAGACAACCACAGUGGCACCUGAGAUCGAAGACCGAAGCCCUGCAACCACAUGCACAGACAAUGAUGCACCGCCUUUAGCAGCUAACACACAUUCUGAAGUUCAAAUGAGCUUUCACAGCUGUACGUAUGAGAAACAGUUCACAAAUCCUGCUCAUUAUGCAUAUUCAGGGCAGUUUGACCAGUCUCAAGUUAUUCAAUAUCUCGAGCCUAAUCUCAGACCUAGGGACUGUGGUCCAGUGGAUGAGGUGGUCAGUGUCACGUAUGCUGAUUGGCCGCUGCAGGACUGGUCCUGUUCAAACAACCAGUGGAUUGUAAUGAGGCAAAACAGGGAUGGAAGUGAUUAUUCUGAGUGUGCAAGUUACAUGCAGUACUGAUGAGAAUGAGUCUUGAAGCAUCAACAAAUAAUAGUUUGAGCACUUUUUUGAGAAGAUGUUGAGAAAUGAUUUAGCAUCGAAUUGGUUUCUUUUUUUUUUUUUUUUUACUAUUACAAUAUUUUUCUGUAUUUUUUUUUUUUUACAGCCAUGUCUCUAAAGCUGGUAAGAGGUGGUACCAUUACUGAAUUAUUAAAUCAUUUUUUAUUUUGUGAGCUCCAAAAACUUCUACAUUAUAUAUAGAUAUUGCUUGUUCAUAUCUUUAGUAUUGCAGAACAAUACACUGAAUUUGUAUGCUUUAAUUUUUUUUUACUUAUUGUUUUUUUCAUCAGUAUUAUUCAUUUAACUUCAUCUUCCAUCAAAAAUACAUUAUAUGUUAGUUACUUCCUGCUUUGGCUAUAUAUAUAUAUAUAUAUAUAUAUAUAUAUAUAUAUAUAUAUAUAUAUAUAUGCAUGUAUGUGUCUCUGUGUGUGUGUGUGUGUGUGUAUGUAUAUAUAUAUAUAUAUAUAUAUAUAUAUAUAUAUAUAAUUCAAAAUACAUUCAAAAGAGCAUUGCUGUGUUCCACUUAACAGACAUAAAUAUUUUCUGUAACUAGUAAAUAUAUAUAUAUCUGUUAACUUGGAAUCAGUAACAUUAACUUUGAAUUCAUAUUGAACAACAGAUUUAUUGUUUUCUGGUAUACUGGCCUGUGUCAUAGCUGAGGUCAGCAAGAAAUACAAGCACAUGCAUAUAUUACUGACUUCACAAGAAGGGUACCUCUCAGAUUUAAGGAAAAAAGAUUUAUAGACAUUCAUAAACUUAAUAGUUUGUUGUUUAAGUUAUACAUCUGAAAUGUAUUGACUUUGUUUCAAAUGUAUGCUGUAGGACCCAAAAAAGAAUGUCUAUCUGGUUUGAAACUACAAAACUACUUUUUUGUUAAUGUUUUUUUUUUUAAUGUUAGUGUUAUCGAUAAUUAAUAUUCUUGUGAUCAAGUUGUAGUAUUGAUUUAGGGAGAUAUUCAGCAGUGUUGACUAUUUGGUUCUGUUUAAUCCAACAAUGCUUUUGUCCUUAACAAGCAUUACCUUUUUAUGAUGUUUUGCUCAUUUUGUUUCUUUCACUUCAUGAUGUAUAAGUUAGUAUUGUUGUUAGGCCAACAUUUUGUCAGUAUUUCUUAAUUUGUGUCAUGGCUGUAAGAAUUGAAUAUAAAGUUCUUAUCACAAGUGUUGAUAUAAAAAUCA